GCGCAACUUCCGCCGUUGGACUACGGUAGCUUGAAGCAGCUGCCAUAAAAAAGCGGUGGCUCUCCUGAUAACCGGGCAUUUCCAAACUUAGAUACUUGUUGUGCGGUCUGAGAUCCGUUCACUUAGCAGUCACCAUGGUUCGCGAAGUGGCAGAUUUGAACGAUUUCUUCGCCAUCCUGAAUGAGGCUGGAGACAAGCUGGUGGUAGUGGACUUCACAGCCACGUGGUGUGGCCCCUGUAAACAGAUCGCCCCAGAAUUUGUAAAACUGUCAGAAAUGCCUGAGAACAAGAAUGUGAUUUUCCUGAAGGUGGACGUGGAUGAGGCUGAGGAUGUGAGCUCACACUGUGAGAUUAGCUGUAUGCCCACAUUCCAGUUUUACAAGAACAAAGAAAAGGUGUUCCAGUUCUCUGGUGCUAACUUGGCAACGCUGAAGGAGAAACUGGCCGAACACAGAAAUUAAUUCCCAACGACCAAUCCACACACACCACAGAAGCCGCUGUUAUGCCUCAGAAAUUCCAGUUUCAUUUUAUGUACAGUAACUAUCAAGUUUUCUAUUCCACACAGGCAGAAAUUAAUUCCACUCAUCAUGUAUUGGUAACAUAGUCCUGUCAACUUGAUGUAUGUAUCAACUGUAUCACCCUGAUGUGAUGACCACUUUUUAAAUUCUGUUUUAUAUGGAACAAUUGGCUUUUCUCCUGGAUAUCUACAGAACUUUUCUUUGUAUGUAAUGUGUCCGGCAAGGUGGAUUUAAUAAAUCAAGAUGAGUUACAGGA